UAUCCACCACUCUAUGGCAGAGAGUGGUUGCGUCAGAUCAAAAUGAACUGGAAAGAAAUUAAAGCAGUCAGAUUGAAGACGCUCGAAUCUGUGUUGCAGAAACAUGCUGCUAUUUUCUCUACACAUUUGGGAGAAAUGAAGAACAUCACCGCUAAAAUAACAUUGAAACCUGAAAACAAACCCAAGUUUUGCCAGCCCAGAGUCGUUCCGUAUGCUCUUCGUCCAAAAGUCGAAGCGGAGCUGAAACGUCUCACUGAAAUUGGAGUAUUGUCACCAGUAGAGCAUAGUGAAUGGGCUACUCCAAUAGUUCCUGUUGUAAAGAAAAAUGGAGACGUGCGCAUCUGUGGUGAUUUUAAGGUGACGAUAAACCCUGUCUUACACAUUGAACACUAUCCAUUACCGCGCAUUGAGGACCUGUUUGCUUCAUUAGCAGGGGGACAGUGUUUCAGCAAAUUGGACUUGUCACAUGCUUACCUUCAAAUGAGGGUCGAAGAGGAUUCCAGGAAGUUCCUUACAAUUUCUACACAAAAAGGACUAUUCCAGUACAAUCGCCUUCCAUUUGGGAUCGCUUCGGCGCCAGCUAUUUUCCAGAGAGCUAUGGACCAAAUAUUACAGGGUCUGCCUAAUGUCCAUUGUUACCUGGAUGACAUUCUGGUUACCGGGCAGACUGAAGCUGAACACCUGGAAAACCUGGAUGCAGUCCUUGGGCGACUGGAGCAGUUUGGGUUACGUGCUGAAAAAGGGAAAUGUGACUUUUUCAAGGACUCACUGGAAUACUUGGGUCACAUAAUUGAUGCAGAAGGUUUGCACAAGUCACCUAAAAAAGUACAUGCAAUUGUCUAUGCACCAAUUCCAUCAAAAUCAUUUAAAAAGGCAAAAGAACAAUUGGUGUCACAAAAUGUUUUGACACACUAUGACCCUCAGAAUGCAAUUCGGCUUGCAUGUGAUGCAUCACCUUAUGGCAUUGGUGCCGUCAUUUCCCACAUGCUACCCAGCGGUGAAGAAAAGCCAAUAGCUUUCGCAUCACGCACACUUAGCAAGGCAGAACAGAAUUAUGCACAGAUUGAGCGCGAGGCUCUGGCCAUAGUGUUUGGGGUCAGAAAAUUCCAUCAAUAUCUUUACGGACGGAAAUUCACGCUUUUCACGGAUCACCGCCCCCUUACUACGAUCUUUGGGCCACAAAAAGGAAUUCCGUCUAUGGCAGCAGCACGGAUGCAAAGGUGGGCAUUACUUUUGUCUGCGCACAAUUAUACAAUAGAGUACAAAAGAGCUGAGCAUCAUGCAAAUGCUGAUGGUCUUUCCCGUCUGCCGUUACAAGUAGAACACAGUGAGAAAAUGGAUGCAGUAGAGCUAUUUUACCUCGAACAGAUGGAGAAACUCCCUGUCAGUGCCACGGAUAUCCGACGUGAGACUAUGAGUGACUCAACCUUGUCUACAGUCGUUGAAAUGGUCAUAAAAGGGACCCAAGCUGUCAACCUGACUGGUAAUAAUGAACUCUCACCUUUCAUCUCCAAACGCGCUGAGCUGUCCGUCCAACACGGGUGCUUAAUGCGGGGCAUGAGAGUUGUGGUUCCCCUUAAGCUGCAGAAAAGAGUACUGGAGGAACUGCACACUGGCCAUCCAGGAAUAGUCAGAAUGAAAGCCAUUGCUCGCAGUUAUGUGUGGUGGCCUGGUAUUGAUGCUGACAUUGAACUGUGCGUGAAAAUGUGUCAGUCAUGUCAACAAAUACAGAAAAUGCCACCCCAAGCACCCCUCCACCCAUGGGAGUGGCCAAGCAGACCAUGGGAACGUAUUCAUGUAGAUUUCGCUGGCCCAUGUGAGGGUCACAUGUACCUAGUCGUAGUUGAUGCACAUUCGAAGUGGCCUGAGGUGCAGUUGAUGACAUCAACAACAGCAGGGAGGACAAUUGAAGUUUUGCGGAACCUUUUCAGUCAUUAUGGACUGCCUGAAGUCCUGGUGAGUGAUAAUGGACCACAAUUUGUCUCUCAGGAGUUUGUAACUUUCCUGAAGGCCAACCAUGUGAAGCAUAUCCGUUCAGCCCCAUAUCAUCCUGCAACCAAUGGGCAGGCUGAAAGGUUUGUUCAGUCGCUAAAACAAGCAUUGAAGGCAUCUAAGGGCUCUUCCACUGUUCAGAGACGGUUGGAAACAUUCUUGCUGACGUAUCGCAACACACCACAUCCAACGACUAGAGAGGCCCCUUCUAGGUUGUUUUUGGGACGACAACUGCGCACUCGGCUGGAUGCCUUGAAACCCAGUGUGACAGCUGCCGUGCGACUCUCACAGACCUCCCAGGUCCUCCGCCGUGCUGGUCGUUCAAAACCAAGACAGUUUGGAGUCGGCGAUGCAGUUCUGGCUCGUGAUUACAGAGGGAGAGAAAGACGGACAUCAGGUGUGGUGACGGCUCAAAGUGGUCCAGUGUCUUAUAAUGUGGAUGUAGGAACUUCUGCGGAAUGGCGACGCCAUGCUGAUCAACUCUUGUCCAUUCCGAAUCAAGCAGCUGAAACUCAGGUGACACAACCACCUGACAUCAGUGAUGUACCGGUUCCUUUACAGACCUCUGUAAAUGACACUUCUUCAGCACCACCAACCAGGGAACAGGAUGUUAACAGUGACGCAUCAGAGUCUCAGAUAAAUCAUGGCAAACUCAACAUUCCAUCAUUGCAGGUCAGACGUUAUCCAGCCAGAGUGAUUAAACUGCCCAAUCGUCUGACAUUAUAA